GAGCAUUAUAGAUUAUAAUUGGCUAACCUGCCAACAUCUCAUAUCAUUCACUUCCUAUAUUAAUCCUCUCAUUCCCAUUUCAUUUCACAUCUCUCUUUCUCUCUCUCUCUCUCUCUCUCUCUAUAAGAACCCUAGCUUGAAGAAGGUUUCUCUUGUCUUCUUUACACUAACCACCACCACUGAUAUAAAUUAGAGCUUUUGAGGUAAAAUCAUCUUUAGAUCAUCAAGGUUUCUCUUGCAUCUCUCUACCCAUAAAGAUCAAAGCUUUUGCUACUCUCCUUUCCUAAACAUCUUCAAGACCUUGAGAAAUAUAUCACGAUGAUGGGAAAAGAGGAUCUGGGUUUAAGUCUUAGCUUGGGACUUGCACAAAGCCACCCUCUUCAGCUAAAUUUAAAACCCACUUCUUCACCAGUUUCCAAUCUCCAGAUGUUUCCAUGGAACCAAAACUUUGUUUCUUCCUCAGAUCAUCAAAAGCAACAGUUUCUUAGGAAAAUCGACGUGAACAGCUUGCCAACGACGGUGGAUUUGGAGGAGGAGACAGGAGUUUCAUCUCCGAACAGUACGAUCUCGAGCACAGUGAGCGGCAAGAGGAGGAGUGAGAGAGAAGGAACCUCCGGUGGUGGUGCUGCCGGAGAUGACCUUGACAUCACUCUUGAUAGAUCUUCCUCACGUGGAACCUCCGACGAAGAAGAAGAUUACGGAGGUGAGACUUGUAGAAAGAAGCUUAGGCUAUCCAAAGAUCAAUCUGCUGUUCUUGAAGACACUUUCAAGGAACACAAUACUCUCAAUCCCAAACAGAAGCUGGCUUUGGCUAAGAAGCUAGGUUUAACAGCAAGACAAGUAGAAGUGUGGUUCCAGAACAGAAGAGCAAGGACCAAACUGAAGCAAACCGAAGUGGACUGCGAGUAUUUGAAAAGAUGCGUCGAGAAAUUAACCGAAGAGAACCGGCGGCUGGAGAAAGAGGCUGCGGAACUAAGAGCAUUAAAGCUUUCACCGCGGUUGUAUGGUCAGAUGAGUCCACCGACCACGCUUUUAAUGUGUCCAUCGUGUGAACGAGUGGCCGGACCGUCCUCAUCUAACCACAACCAACAGUCUGUCUCAUUGAGUCCAUGGCUCCAAAUGGCACAUGGGUCAACCUUUGAUGUGAUGCGUCCUAGGUCUUAACUUUUAAUACCAGUUCUAUGGGUUGUGUUACUUAUGUGGGUCAUUGUACUUUUUAGAUUAUUGACUCUCAUCUCAGCUAUGUAUCCUUAAAAACCUUUUUUCAUUUUUAAAUUUACUUUAAUCUGAUUAAAUUAGCUA